GCGCCUCCAACAGCACAAGAAGCACUUUGUCUCGGCGGAGUGGGGAGUUGACAGGCGAAAGAGGGGGAUAUAGAGGGACACUGAAUUGGACUGGCCCGGUUCACUUACGCCGCAGACCCUGCCGCAGGACGAGGACAGGAGUCCCUCGGAGAGGACCGGAAGGUGGGAGAAAGGACAUCAACUUGGACUGGAUCGGAGACCCUCGGAGGAUUGGGAUACAGAGGGGCACCACUGGGCGGGGAGGGGGCCCACGAUCAGGCUGUUAUGAUGGUGGUGAUGCACCGAGAGCAGAGCAGAGGAUUCCUGCAGAGCCCGACACAUUGCACCACAAACCCGCAACCCAGUGUGACCUUCUGCAGGGUUAGACGCUUCUGCUUCUCUCCAUCAUAGCCUCGUCAACACAAAACCGGAUUUCCAAACCAAAGCUUGACCCAAUCAACCGGGUAACGUUUACAGUGUACCCUGCGAGCUCCAUUCAUUCUCCACCCCGUUUGCGGGAUGAGACGGGGAUUUGAAUCUGGACGGAGAGAUUAGCUUCGAACCGAGGCUGCCUUGUACUGCACCGGUUUCGAUGUGCAUGCAGCACCGGUUGUUUUGAGCCGUGCAACAGACAAGAGGAGGAAAGAUGUUGGUGCGAUGCUACCGGGGAAAGCUGUCGGUGUGGGCCGCUCUGUGCGUGCUGGUGCUCUGCUGGUUUUACAUUUUCCCCGGCUACAGACUCCCCCGCGAUAGAGAAAUAGUUGAGGAGGUGCUGAGGCAGGGCGAAGUAUGGCAGAAGAACCAGACGGGCAUUGAUGUAUACAGGAAGUUGCUGACAGAGUGCUGCGAUCCGCGGAGGAUGUUUGCGGUGACCAAGGAGAACUCGCCGAUGGGCAAGGUCCUGUGGUACGAUGGCGAGUUUUACCACUCGCACACCGUCAACAAUGAGACUUACCCACUCUUUGUGAAGGGCAACCCUCUGCAGCUGCCCCUGAAGAAGUGUGCAGUGGUGGGCAAUGGUGGCAUUCUCCGACACAGCAAAUGUGGACAGGACAUUGACCAGGCCGACUUCAUCAUGCGGUGCAACCUUCCACCGCUUUCAAAGGAAUAUGUGGUGGAUGUGGGAACCAGAUCACACCUGGUUACAGCCAACCCCAGCAUCAUAGAGAAAAGAUUUCAGAACCUCCUCUGGUCGAGAAAAGUUUUUGUGGACAGUAUGAAGGUCUACGGCUCCAGCUACAUCUACAUGCCAGCGUUCUCUAUGAAGCCUGGCACCGACCCGUCACUGCGGGCGUAUUACGCCCUGGCGGACACCUCCUCCAACCUCACCAUGCUCUUUGCCAACCCCGAAUUCCUGCGCACGGUGGGAAAAUUCUGGAAAGCCCGCGGCGUGCACGCCAAGCGCCUCUCCACGGGGCUCUUCCUGGUCAGCUUGGCCUUGGGGCUGUGCGAGGAAGUGACGGCCUACGGCUUCUGGCCGUUUUCCGUCGGCCUGGACGAGCAGCCGGUCAGCCACCAUUACUACGACAACAUCCUGCCCUAUAAAUGGUUCCACGCCAUGCCUGAGGAGUUUGUCCAGCUCUGGCACCUACACAAAAGCGGCACACUGCGCAUGAGAGUGGGACGCUGCCCCCCUCAGGAAGGAGGGAGUUAGAGCUUCUUAAUGAGUGAAGGGACAGCUGUCAGUUGAUGUGUAGAGGGCUACAGGAAGCAGAAGAAAACAUUUGGGGUGUUAAGCGGCAGGAAGUUGUUUGUCAUUACAAAAAUGGGUGCAGAUAGUUCCUCCGAGGAACCUCGGCACUGCACCUGUGUCCGAACACACUGCUGCCCCCCACCCCCUUAGCGUAUCCCCAAUUAUAAUGUGAAUGUCCGCCACCUAGACCAACAGCAUUGGGGACAGAUUGCACACUGACACAUGCAGUCAAACACACACACACACACACACACACACACACACACACACACAUAUUCCCAAAACUUGCCUCCUCCAUUUGUUUCUAAGAUUGUGUGUGUGCAUGGGUGUGUGUUUGUAGCAAGC